AUGUGCAACGCUGCCGAGAGCAUACUCGCUCAUGACCACCCUCUCGCGCUCGACUGCGAAGGCGUUGACCUGGGCGACAAGAGCGGCUCUCUGUGCCUCGUACAGAUCGCCACGAGAAGCGGCCGGUACUUCCUCUUCGACGUGACCAAGGGCGGAAGCCGGCACUUCAGCGAGGGCGGACUGCGGCGAGUGCUCGAGGACGUGCACGUGCUCAAGGUGGGACACGACCUGCGGGCCGACGCGAGCGCACUGUUUGCAGAGCACGGCGUCUUACUCAACCACGUCUUCGACACCCAAGUGGGGCAUUCGGUGCUGACGGUGGGCAAGCAAAACCAAGUGGGGCUCAACCCCAUGCUCAAGCUCUAUGCCAAUUCCCAGAACGAGCUCAAGAAGGCGGUCAAGAAGGCGUGGACCAGAGAUCGACUGUACUGGACCCGGCGGCCGCUCACCGAGGAGAUGGUGGGCUACGCCAGCCUCGACUCGCCGGCACAGGCGCCUCCGCCCCGCUGGGGAGAGGAGUGGGAGAUAACGAGGGUGCACGAGUUGACUCGCACGGUGAACGAAAUGGUUGGGUGGGGGGGGUUGGACAACAGGGCGGGGCUCUCGAAGACGCUGCACCGCAUCUCACGCCUCCAGAACCAGGCCGGCCAAGCGGUGGGCGUCACCAUCCGAGUGGGCAAGACCAUCAGCGGCCUGGUGCCCAUGGUGGCCGAUGUACUCCAGAGAGCGGCCGAGCGCAAGGCGUCGAUCCUGCUUCUGGGCUCGCCAGGCAUGGGCAAGACGUCGGUCCUCCGCGAGAUGGCGCGCGAGCUCGCCAACGAGUGGAGCGUGAUGAUCGUCGACACGUCGAACGAGAUCGCCGGCGCCGGGGACAUCCCGCACACGGCCAUCGGGGAGGCGAGGCGCAUGCAGGUGCUCCCCGGGUCAGGGCAGCACAAGUGCAUGAUCGAGGCCGUGCAGAACCACACGCCCGACAUCAUCAUUGUCGAUGAGGUCUGCCCCAUCUCAGAGUGGCCUUGCAUAGGAACCAAGUCAGAGGCCGCUGCGUGCUGCACGAUAGCGCGGCGCGGAGUGAUGCUGGUGGCGACGGCGCACGGCCUGACGCUCCAGGAUGUGGUCGACAACCCGGGACUCAACUCGGUCGUGGGUGGCGUUCAAUCGGUCACCCUGGGCGACGAUGCCGUGCGCGAACGCGGCGCCAAGCAUAAGACAGUGCGCGAGUGCAAGGGGCCAUCAGCGUUCGCGGUGGCCAUCGAGCUGCGGUCGCGGCGCGAAACAACUCCUGGCUCCAUGCACGUGCACACCAACGCGCACCCUCGGUCAUGA